AUUUUUUUUUCCUCUUUUUAUUUUUUUUUUCUAUUACUUUCGUUUGCUAAAUAAGUUCUUACAUUAAAUAAUAGCAACAAAAUAAAAAAAAAAUCCAACUUCUCAAAUAUGCCACCAAACGUCAAUGCUAAUGAUUUACCUACCAACACUUCCCAAAAAACCAUUGUUGUUGUAGGUUUGGGUAUGGCCGCUGUAGCAUUCAUGGAAAAGAUGAUUGCUUAUGACACUGAAAAGAAAUAUUGUAUUAAAGUUUUUGGUGAUGAACCUGAAUUGGCAUACAAUCGUGUUGGUCUUACUCAGUACUUUACACAUCGAGAUCCUGAAAAGCAAUUGAUGAAACCUAGAUCAUGGUAUGAUGAAAAUCAAAUUGAAGUUCAUGUAGGUGAUCUUGUAGAAGAAAUUGAUACAAAGACAAAGAUGAUUAGAGCUAAGCAUGCAUCUUGGGUUCCCUAUGAUGUCUGUGUCAUUGCUACUGGCUCCUCUGCUGCAGUUCCACCUAAUGCACCUACUGAUAUGGAUGGUGUCUUUUGCUAUCGUACUAUUGAAGACCUUGAGAAUAUCAUUGAUUGGGCCUCUCGUCAUGAUGUGAAGACCGCUAGUGUCGUUGGUGGUGGUUUGCUCGGUCUUGAAGCUGCUAAGGCUGUUUUGGAUCUUGAUCUUAAAGUCUCCAUCUAUGAACUUUCCCCUCGUUUGAUGUUUAGACAACUUGAUCAAGAUGCAUCUGAUCUUUUGGAAAAUGAAAUUAAAAAGUUGGGUAUUGAAACGUAUCUCGGUAAAUCUCCCAAGGAGGUACAUGGUCAAGAAGACCCUGUUACAAAGCGUACUCGUCUCACUGGUCUCACAGUUCAAGGUGAUGAGGAUAAGGGGGUUGUCCCGACUGAUAUGUUGAUCUAUUCUAUUGGUAUCAGACCUCGUGAUCAACUCUGUGCCGCUUCCUAUGGCGCCCUUCAAAGAGGGGACCGUGGAGGCAUCAAGGUCAUGGCUGAUAUGUCCACCUCUGCUCCUGACGUCUAUGCCAUUGGUGAAUGUGCCUCCUUCAAUAAUAUGUGUUAUGGUUUAGUGGCCCCCUGUAACGAUAUGGCAGAUGUCUUGGCCAAGAACUUGACUCAAAAGGGACCUGCUGAAUUCAAGGGUAACGAUAUGUCAACUAAGCUCAAAUUGAUGGGUGUCUAUGUCGCUAGCUUUGGUACCGUUUUCCCUGAUCCCUCCCUUGAGACUCAGCCUCUCACCUAUCGUGAUCCCUUCAAGAGCGUCUACAAGAAAUACAUCUUCACCAAGGACGGUAAGAAGCUUCUUGGUGGUAUCAUGGUCGGUGAUACGAAUGACUAUAUCAAGUUGUUAGCCUAUGCUCGUAGCGGUAAAGAGAUUGAAUGUGAACCCUCUCAAUUUAUCUUGGGUAUUCAAAGUGGUGAAGCUGAGGGCGCUGAAGCUCUUCCAGAUGAAACUCAAAUCUGUUCCUGUUACAAUAUCUCCAAGGGUGAAAUUCGAAAGGCCAUCCGUGAACAAGGUUUAACCACUGUGGAUCAAGUAAAGGCCUAUACCAAGGCCGGUACUGGUUGUGGUGGUUGUGUCCCGUCUGUUACAGAAAUCUUUGAGGCUGAAAUGAAGGCCCUUGGUAAGACGGUGACGAACUAUGUCUGUCGUGACUUUGCAUAUUCACGUGCUGAGCUUUAUACCAUUGCCAAGAUUAAGGGCCUUCGUUCCUACUCUGACAUCGUUGAGCAUUGCGCAAUCGAUAAAGAAACCAUGGGUUGUGAAAUCUGUAAGCCUACUGUCGCCUCCAUCUUGGCCUCACUUUAUAAUGAAAACGUGUUGGAUGCGGGUCGUGGUGCGCUUCAAGAGACAAAUGAUCGUUAUUUAGCUAAUAUCCAAAGAGGUGGUCUCUAUAGUGUUGUUCCUCGUAUCGCUGGUGGAGAGAUUACCCCUGAAAAGUUGGGUGUCAUUGCUGAUGUUGCCAAGGAAUACAAUUUGUAUACUAAAAUCACAGGUGGUCAACGUAUUGAUAUCUUUGGUGCUCGUAAAGAAGAUCUUCCUGAUAUUUGGGAGAAAUUAGUGAAUGCUGGUUUUGAAAGUGGUCAUGCUUAUGGUAAAUCUUUGCGUACUGUCAAGUCUUGUGUUGGUUCUACAUGGUGUCGUUAUGGUCAACAAGAUUCAGUCGGAUUCGCAAUUCGUCUUGAAAACCGAUAUAAGGGUAUCCGUUCACCACAUAAAUUAAAGGGUGCUGUCUCUGGUUGUAUUCGUGAAUGUGCUGAAGCUCAAGGUAAAGAUUUUGGUCUCAUUGCUACUGAACAAGGUUACAACGUGUACGUAUGUGGUAAUGGUGGUAGUAAGCCUCGACAUGCAGAUCUUUUGGUUUCUAACGUAUCUGAAGAAGAUGCCACGAAAUACGUGGAUCGUUUCUUGAUCUAUUAUAUUAUGACAGCUGACAGAUUACAACGUACCGCUCGUUGGCUCGAAAAACUUCCUGGUGGUGUUGAUUAUCUUCGUAAAGUAGUUGUUGAUGACCAUCUUGGUAUCUGUGAAGAAUUAGAUAAGCACAUGAGUUAUUUGAUUGGCACCUAUGAAGAUGAAUGGGCUCGUAUUGUCAAGACUCCCGAAUUAAGACAACGCUUUAAAGAGUAUGUAAACGCCGAGAGUGAAAAGGAAACGAUGAUUGAAAUGAUUGAGGAACGUGGCCAACUUCGUCCUGCUAACUGGCCAAAGGAACUCGAAUCUUUACCUUCAUUAGAGGCUGAAAUUCAGAACAAGUCCGCCUCUCUCAACUGGAUGCAUGUCGGAUCCUCUGACCUCUUCCCACGUGAUGAAGGUCGUGUUGUAAAAGUAGGCAAUGUCCAAAUCGCUGUCUUCCAUACCUUGAACGAUCAUUAUUACGCUGUUCAAAACAUGUGUCCUAUCAAGCGUGAUCUUGUGUUGUCUGAUGGUAUCCUUGGUGAGAUCAAGAAGGAAGAUCACACCUCAGUUUAUGUAUCCUGUCCUAUUCACAAAAAGAACUUUGACUUACAAACCGGUGCUUGUCUCUCUAGUGGAAGUGAAAACUACUCAAUUAAUGCUUUUAACGUUAAAGUUGAAAACAAUCAAGUUUAUUUAUUAUUGCCUUCAGUUGAAAUCCUUAACGAAGCCCUUAGUUCUGAGAGAUUCAUUAUUAAGAAGUCAAUGACAAUGAAAAAGGAUUCUUCUGAUCAAGCUAUUCCUGUUGCUGUUGGUGAUAAAGAUGUAAAUAAUUGGUAGUUAUACUUUAUAUAAUUUCUUUCUUUUUUUUUCUUUUUUUUUUUUU